AUGGAAGGCGAUGCCAAGCCUGAGCUUGACUCUGAGCUCGAAUACUUUCGACGUCAGUGGAAGUCCGAACUGCAGUCGAAGAAACCAGAGUCAUCAAGUCAGCCACAAGAUCUACGCAAGGCCAAGGCUACCGCAUCCGUCCCCAAACCAUCUCAUCGGUCAGACCCCUCAUCGUCAGCUUCACCCUCGCAUGUACGCCACAAGUCACAGCAAGAUGAAGAGCACGACUACGUCAGGCCGCCUGUUUUUGAUGGCCCUGACGGGCCUUCACUUUUGCCAGAUGAGAUGGUGAAAUUCGAUGCCUUGGAGAAGCCGGGACCCAUAUCGGCCCUUGACCAUUUCGAAGAGGCUGCGAAAAAGGAAGCCGUUGGCAACCUCGGCGAAAGCCUCAAGCUUUACCGGAAGGCAUUCCGUAUGGAUGACCGUGUCGACUUGCAAUAUAGAAAGAAGCACUUUCCAGCAUCCGCUGUCAAGGCAGCAACCCCAUCGAUCAAGCCAACAGACGUCGGCGCUGCCGCCCCUGCACACAACGCCAAGACUGAAAGCCAACCGCAGACUUUCAAGGAUCUCGUCGCGAGCUUCUCCGGCCUAUCGAUCGAGCCCGCAGGGCCAUCGGUCGAAGGCGACCAGGCACCACCUUGCCCCAUUGCGGAUGUGCCGCAGGAAAUUCUCAGCCACAUCCUCACCGACGUGGCCAUCGACGACGUCGGCGACUUUGCACGUCUCUCACGGGUCUGCAAGCGCUUCGCCUACAUGGUCGCCAGUGAGAACCAGAUCUGGCGCCGCGUCUGCCUUGGCCGCGAGACGGGUUUCGCAGGCAUGCACUACGACUGGCAGACCGGCAUCCAGUGGGAGCCCCUGGACGAGGAUGACGAGAUUAACGACGACGGCACCGUCACCACGGCAGCGGCGCUCGCACGCCGCCGCGAGGCCGAUAAGCUUGCGGCUACGAUGGCUCUCUUCCCGGCCUACGCCUCUUCGUGGCAGCACAUGUUCCGGCACCGUCCGCGUGUGCGCUUCAACGGGUGCUAUAUCAGCACGGUCAACUACAUCCGCGCGGGUCAGGCGUCGGCAAACGCCGUUACGUGGGGCAGUCCCGUACACAUUAUCACGUACUACCGCUAUCUGCGCUUCUUCCGCGACGGCACCGUCAUCAGCCUUCUCACGACAUCAGAACCCGGCGACGUCGUGCACCACCUGACGAAGGAGGCGCUGGCCUUGCAUCAGGGCGGCGCGGUAGCGCAUCUUCCCUCCAUCGUCAUGGUGGAUGGACUGCGAGGUCGAUGGCGGCUGACAUCGGCAGACGACGAGGCCGAGGCCGAGCCUCCGGUUUCAGCAAAGGACGCAGAGGCCGGCCUGGUCAUUGAGACGGAGGGUGUGAUCGAUAAAUACACGUAUCGCAUGGACCUGUCGGUUCGCAGCGCGGGCAAGGGCGCACGCAACACCAAGGUGGUGUGGAGGGGUUUCUACAGCCACAACAAGCUCACAGAUGACUGGGCUGAAUUCGGGCUGAAAAACGACAAAGCCUUCUUCUUCAGCCGCGUGAGGGGCUACCGCGCUGGCGCGUGA